UAAUUUUCGUUUAUUUCACACACCAAAAAUUUCGCUGCAACCUACGUCUUUCGUAGAUCCAUUAAUCAUAUCCAUUUUCUGUUUUUCUUUCUCCCUUCUCAAGCUAUGGCGUCUGAAGACCCCACCGUUGCCGUCGAGCAACCCAUUGCGGAGGAGCCGGCAGCCGUAGACACUCUACCUCCGGUGGUCAACGAAUCGGACGAACCUGCAGCUAAACCCAAAAAGGCACCCAAGGAGCCCAAGCCCAGAAAGCCUGCUGCCCGGACCCCUCGAACUCACCCUCCUUAUGAAGAGAUGAUCAAGGACGCGAUCCUUACGCUUAAGGAGAAGAAUGGUUCAAGCCAGUACGCGAUUGCGAAGUUCCUUGAGGAGAAGCACAAGCAACUUCCAUCGAACUUCAGGAAGAUUCUGCUUGUUCAAUCCAAGAAGCUUGUUGCUUCUGGAAAGCUCGUUAAGGUCAAAGGAUCUUUCAAGUUACCGUCGGUUAAGUCUUCUGCUCCAAAGCCAGCGAAGAAGCCUGUUGCAGCUAAGCCCAAACCCAAAGCAAAGCCCGCUGCUAAAUCUAAGCCAGCAGCUGCCAAGUCUAAAGCUGCUCCUGCUAAAGCCAAACCAGCAGCAACUAAGGCUAAGCCUGCUGCCAAGGCAAAGCCUGCAGCUAAGCCCGCAGUAAAACCCAAGCCCGCUGCAAAUGCCAGGCCGCCAGUUGCCAAGGCUAGAGCUGCCCCUGUUGUUAAGGCUAAGCCUGCAGCAAAGGCUAAGCCCGCAGCUAAGCCCAAGGCCAAGCCUGCUGCAAAGCCCAAGGCUGCUGCCGCUGCUAAGGCGAAACCUGCAGCCAAGGCAAAGGCUGUGAAAUCGCCUGCUAAGUCUUCUAGAACCUCGACGAGAACGUCUCCUGGGAGGAGAGCUGCUGCUCCGAAACCGGUGGCGGCGAAGAAGGCGACGACGCCGGUGAAGAAAGCUCCGGCGAGAGCUGCAGCGAAGGGGAAGACUGCGAAAUCUCCGGCGAAGAAGACACCGGCGAAGAGGGGGGGAAGGAAAUGAUGUUUGGGGCGUAAUUAGAGGCUAGUGUUUGUAGCGGUAGCUGUAAAUUUUUCUUUGUUAUGCGCUGUAGUUUUAUCACAGAUGUUGUCGAAAACAUGAAUUUUAUUAAACUUUUUUAUUUUUCCGUGCGAGGUACACAGUUUCUAGCAUGUAUUUUUCACCUUAUUGAGUUAAAUCAUAAAUGAAAAGGCUAGAAAGUUUUUUUUUUUAGAUUCUGUGAUGGAUUUGUUGUGUUAUUGGAAUCCUUUUUACAAAUGGAAUGAUGAAUCUGCCGUUUUGUCA